UCCGCUUCCGGACGCUCUCUGAACAAGCAGGCAAAAAGAUGGCGGACCUGGGCAUAAGCGGGCCAGGGACACAUCUAUGUACCAGUGUCCCACAGAAAGCCACCGUUUUUACCAGGAUUUUUCUCCUUUUUGUCGUACUUUUGACCGAGCUCGGUGGCGCCACCACCCACUGGGUUGUGACAGAAGAUGGAAAAAUUCAACAGCAAGUGGAUUCCCCACUCAACCUGAAACACCCGCAUGACCUUGUGAUCUUCAUGCGACAGGAGCACCGGGUAAACUACCUCAAAGAGCUGGAGAAGCAGCUGGUGGCGCAGAAGAUCCACAUCGAGGAGAACGAGGACCGGGACACGGGCCUGGAGCAGCGGCACUACAAAGAGGACCCGGACUGCGUGACGGCCAAGGUGCCCCUGGGAGACCUGGACCUGUACGACGGCACCUACAUCUCGCUGGAGAGCAAGGACCUCAGGCCGGAAGACUACUUGGAUUCCAUGUCUCCCCUUCCUCCCGACCUGGAAGAGCCAGACUGCAGCCGGAUCUACGAGCUUCCGUACAGCAUCCACGCCUUCCAGCACCUGCGAGGUGUGCAGGAGAGGGUGAACCUGACCUCCCCUCUGCUGUCGAGCGAGGACCCCAUCUUCAGCUCCCUGUCCCACAAGCUGGGGCGCAGCGUGGAGGAGGCCGGCCACCGGAUUCACGAGGGCCUGGUUCGGAACUCCUCCUCCUGGGUGCUGUAUGACCUGGGCUCCUUCUACUGGCGUAUGAAGAACCAGCCCAAGAAGGCUGUGGACUGCGCCGUUCGAGCGCUGCAUUUCUCCCCCAGGCAGCAUAAGGAUGUGGCGCUGGUCAAUAUGGCGAACGUUCUGCACCGCGCCCACUUCUCUGCCGAUGCGGCCGUCCUGGCGCAUGCCGCCCUGGAUCUGACCUCUGACCUCCUCACCAGCCACUACACCCUGGGCAACAUUUACGCUAUGCUGGGCGAGUAUAACCACUCGGUGCUGUGCUACGAGCAGGCGCUGCAGGCCCGGCCCGGGUUCGAGCAGGCCCUGCGGAGGAAGCACGCCGUGCUGUGCCAGCAGAAACUGGAGCAGCGACUGGAGGCCCAGCAUCGGUCCCUGCAGCGCACGCUGAGCGAGCUGAAGGAGUACCAGAGGCAGCACGAUCACUACCUCCGCCAGCAGGAGGCGCUGGACAAGCACAAGCUCAUCCAGGAGGAGCAGAUCCUGCGCAACAUCAUCCACGAGACGCAGAUGGCCAAGGAGGCGCAGCUGGGGAACCACCAGAUGUGUCGUCUCGGACAGCAGCAGCAGCACAGCCUGUUCUGUCCGUUCGAUCUUCCAGUGCGUUAUCACCGUGGCGACCAGUUUGAGAGUGUACACUACAUCCAGUUUGGAGAGGAGGUGUCCGUGGCCACCAGUGUGCCUCUGAGCUCAGAGAUGAGUGUCAAUGACACACGCAGCCCCCAGCCCUUUGCCUCUGUUUCCGGGGGCGACGACCCCGGUGCAUUCUGGGGCAGCAACCCAGCACCCACGGCGGAGUGGCAGGCUCUGCUGUGGCCCAGGAGGACAGACUGCGCCCAGAUGUUCCCCUCCGUGCCUCCUCCCCACCUCCUGCCCACCUUCUAUCUCCCGCCCGAGGGGCGUGGCUUCGGGCUCCAGAGCGCUCUGUAUGAAGACGCCUCCCCGCCCCUGACUGCGGCCCCCCCGGACUGCGGCCCCGACCCCCAGCCCCUCCCUGCACGGCUGCCCGACGCUGUGGGCCGAGCUCUGGAGGGGGAGGGGCUUCGUGACGCGUACGCGGCUCAUUUGCUGAGGUCUCGCAGUGGGGGUCUGAAUCUGGAGCAGACAGGAGCUCUUAUCACUCGGGCCCUGAAGAAGUCUAGCGCCCCCCGGUGGCUGGUGCAGAACGAGGCGGGUCUGUUUUGGCGGGCGAAAGGGAAUGGGACGCGCGCCCUGUCCUGCCUGCGUCACGCUCUGCGCUCCGCCCCGCCCCAGCACCGCGACCUCCCAUUGGUCAAUGCUGCCAACCUGCUGCUGAGUCACGGGCUGGGCGAGGAGGCGGGGCUUCUGCUCCAGGAGGCUCUGGCUGCCAACGCCUCAGAGCCCCUGACGGUGCUGAGCGGUGUGAGUGUGGAGCUGUCCCGGGGGAGGGUGAGGGAGGCGCUGGGGGCGUUUCGGCGGGCCCUGUCCAUGAGGGCGGAGUGUGGGCAGUGCCGCAUCAGCCUGCCUCUCCUGCGCUGUCUGCAGUUCUACCCGCUGCUCUACAACCUGUCCCACCUGCACUACUGCCCACAGGGCUCGCCGUGUUUUGGGGAGGAGGACGUGGACCUCCAGCAGGAGGAGGCUGAGCCCCAGGACCCCCCCGCUGCCAUCCAGCCCCUGGCCCUGCCCCCUGUGGAGGACCCCCUCCUGUUCCAGACGGUGGUGCUGGACAGUAAUGGGUCUGAGGAGGCGGAGACCGGCGGCGAGGAGACUCGAGGAAGAGGAGGAGGGGAGAGGGAGGAAGAGUGGCAGCUGAAGGAGGAGCUGAUGGGGGCGUUCGAGGGGGCCCUGGACGCGGGGGGCAGGAGGGGGGACCUGCGGGGCAUCCGCGUGCUGAAGAACGACGGGCCCACGGCCGGCCGGGGCGGCGGUCCCUGUUUCGGGAACUGUGAGGAUGACGAGGGGGCUGAGUGGAUCACCUUCCAGGUGAAGCGGGUGCGGAAGCCGAAGGUGGAGUGGUUUCACGGAGGUGCAGGUGAGGACGACGGCCAGCAGGGGGAGCAGUCCUCAGGGCAGUCCGUUCUGGAGAUCAGCGGCCCCACCAUCCCCUCCCCCGGACCCUCAGGCCGCUGGCGGGACUACGCGAGUUUGGGCUGGCCGGGGCCGGAGGAGUGCCAGCGGACCCGCAGGCUGGAGCCCAGCACCGUGGCCAGCACCUGGCUCGCUGUGUCCGCCAAGAACAUCGACAUCACGGAGCACAUCGACUUUGCCACGCCCCUGCAGGAACCCACGGUAGAACCCGUUUGCAGCGCCAACCUGCCCGCCAGCAUGCACACGCUGGACCACCUGGGCGGCGUGUCCAACCGAGCCGGCAUCCACUACACCGGGGAGAGCCAGCUCCGAGAGGUGCUGCAGAACCUGGGCAAAGACAAGUUCCCCCCCCAGUCCUUUGAGCAGGUGGGCACACGCAUCGCCAAGGUGCUGGAGAAGAACCAGACGUCCUGGGUGCUGUCCAGCAUGGCUGCUCUCUACUGGAGGGUCAAAGGUCAGGGCAAGAGGGCCAUUGACUGUCUGCGGCAGGCUCUCAACCACGCCCCGCACCACAUGAAGGACGUCCCGCUCAUCAGCCUGGCGAACAUCUUCCAGAACGCGCGGCUGUGGGAGGACGCGCUCACGGUGGCCCGCAUGGCCGUGGAGAUCGCCCCGCAGUUCGUCGUCAACCACUUCACCCUCGCCAACGUCUACAUCGCCAUGGAGGAGUUUGAGAAGGCCAUGCUAUGGUACGAGAACACGCUGAAGCUGCAGCCGGAAUUCGCCCCGGCCAAGGACCGCCUCCGUGCCAUUCAGUGCUUCCUGCUGACCAAGAAGGAGCGGCGCGCCCCAUAGGUCGGGCCAGGAGGGGGGGCGGGGCCAAGAGGGAGACAAACACACAUCAUGCGCACACACACAGAUGCACACACACACACACACACACACACAGAUGCACACACACACACACACUCUUGCACAACGCGCCAUUCGCGUGAUCGAAAACGGGCAUCGUCCGUUUGCAAUCGGGAGUCCGGCGGGUAUUGCGCCUUUUCCGACCUUUGGCAGGGAUUCGGGUUUUGCCAAAGUGUCUUUGGGUUAACCCCGCCCCCCCCCUUACCCGAACUGAAAUUGAGUCUUAUUUUAUUCCUUUGUGUUCUUGUUCCAUUAAGCAAUAACAAGUUUUUGAGGGAACUGGGCGAGUGAAUAGGAGGGCCACUGAAAUGAAACUGAACUCCCGUCUCUGCAACCAUCGGUCCGUUAUGGGGAAGUGUCAGCAGUGACCCUUGACCCUUAACAACAGCGGGUUCAGUCAGCAACCUCACAGUGAUCCCUCAGCCCAGCUCAGUCUACAAGACUAGCUGUCAGAAAAAAAAAGAAAAGAAAAAUGGUGUGUUUUUCAGACCAAAGUCCGCACAAGGAGAAACCCCUUUCUGGGGAUUUGGGGGCGGGGGGCAGGGGGGAGGGGGGGUACAAAGUUGGAGGGACAAAUUUUCAAAAGACAAUCCACGGUAUUUCACCUGAUCCUUUAAAUUUAAUGCUUGAAUUACAUGCGAUAAUUUGUGAAUCGUUUUUGGAAACACUAGAAUCGUUUUUGGAAACACUACCAGUGCGCCAUGGUGCCAGAAAGGUCUACGGUUUGAUGAGAGAGGACCGGUUUAGUCACACGGUUGUGUUCGUUCAUGGUUCUUUACACUCGGUGGUGUAAUCGCUCAUUAUAACCGUUUUCAUUAUUGCUGCUCUAAACAUUAAAACAAAAACAACUGCGGAUACAUAUCGCCUCGUUUUUUGGACCAUUCCUGUCAAUGGGGACCUGUUAGGGAAAAUUCAUAAAUAAAUGAAUACAAAUGUUGUUUGAUCUCGCAGGAAGUGCUAAACUGACGCUUUUAGGUAAACCUAGGUCAGGUUUGUUCUUUAUGGAACCUGCUGUGUGUGUUAAAAUGUCCGCUGCACGGCAGUGGAACCGUGUUUUAAACGUGCGGCACACGCCUCUCAUCCCUGUAGCACUACGGCGUAUGGCCAGGAGAGGAGCAGCGGGUGAACUGUCUCGCCUGCUGUGGAGCAGUUUGAGCCGGUCCUGGUUUUACCUCCUGCUGUGGAGCAGUUUGAGCCGGUCCUGGUUUUACCCCCUGCUGUGGAGCGGUUUGAGCCGGUCCUGGUUUUACCCCCUGCUGUGGAGCAGUUUGAGCCGGUCCUGGUUUUACCUCCUGCUGUGGAGCAGUUUGAGCCGGUCCUGGUUUUACCUCCUGCUGUGGAGCAGUUUGAGCCGGUCCUGGUUUUACCUCCUGCUGUGGAGCAGUUUGAGCCGGUCCUGGUUUUACCACAUGCAGAUUAGAGGCCUGGAUGGAGUCAUCCUACCGGUGCUGCUCAUCUGUCAGCUAGUGGAUCGUGAGAAGGGGCAAAAAGAUUCCACCCCAAAACACAGAAGCAUUAAGAUACACGCUCCUCUGACGUUUGUGCCAGUGGAGUUAGACGUUAGCUGCAGUGCACAUGCUGAACGCACCGGAGCGUUUGGGCUCCUUUGGGUUGUGUCUGCCAUUGGGCUCCUCCUCGACAGGAAGCCGCACGCCCCUGGCAGGAAGUGCCCGUCCCACCCUGUGUGCCGUGUUGACGGCUGAGCAGAGGGGCCUCUCCUGUGCCACGUGGGGGCCUGGUUUGGGUGUUCCAUCUGCGCCCACAUCCAAGUCCUUCACCUCUGAUGGGAGACUUUUCGGGUCUGGGAGAUGUAAACGUGUAAAAAUGACGCCCCUGAUCUCAGCGUCCUCCAGACCACCUGGGAACAGUCCCCCUGGAGACUGACCUGGAGAAAUCGCCCCCUGCCCCAUCCCCUGCUGGCUGCCUGGGGUGUGGUUACGAAUAAUCCCCCCCGGCCCCUAAACGGGGAGCUCCACAGACUCCCACAGGGUGUGGCCGAACCCUAAAAAAACCUCCCUUCUAGAGUGGGGCAGGCCAUUUCAUCCCUGGUGGAAGAGCAUUUUCUGACCAUCUUGCGUAUUUUGGGAAAUAUCUGUUCUAUUUCACUCCACCGAGUCAGCGGGAUACGGGGGGUUUGUGGCAGGGGCGGGCGUGGUGACGUCGGGGGCGGGGGCAGAAUUUUGGGUUGGCCGUCGGGAGGACCAGGGACCCCUGUGAACGGGACGGGACCUCCUCUCCUGUUUCAGAGGCCGCAGAGCUGAGAGGCGGGGCCUGUACACGCACACACGCGACCGGGUCGUCUGCGCGGUACUGACGCACGCGGGCGGUACUGACACACGCGGGCGGCGCUGUUGGACCCGGGACUCUCUCCCAUCGACUGACACCUGCUCUUAUUACACUGCGAGGGUGGGAGGGGCUCAACUGUUCAAUUUAAAUAAAAACUUAUGUUUGGACUGAAA